GGCGGGAGCGCGCGGGAGCCGCGGGCGGGCCGCAGGAAACAUGAAGGUCAUCACGUGUGAAAUAGUGUGGCAUAAUAAGGAGCCGGUUUACAGCUUGGACUUCCAGCAUGGGGCGGAUGGGAGGAUCAAUCGCCUGGCCUCGGCAGGGGUGGACACAGCCGUGAGGAUCUGGAAAGUGGAGAAAGGCCCGGAUGGAAAAGCCAUCGUGGAGUUCCUGUCCAACCUGGCGCGCCACACCAAGGCCGUGAACGUCGUGCGCUUCUCUCCCAGCGGGGAGAUCCUGGCCUCAGGAGGGGAUGAUGCUGUCAUUUUGCUGUGGAAGCUGAAUGACAGCAAAGAGCUGGAGCCGUUGGUUUUUCAGGAUGAAGAUGAAGCUCAGCUCAACAAGGAGAACUGGGCAGUCAUCAAAACUUUGAGAGGCCACUUGGAAGAUGUGUAUGAUAUUUGUUGGACCUCAGAUGGAAAUUACAUGGCAUCUGCUUCUGUGGAUAACACAGCAAUCAUGUGGGAUGUCAAUAAAGGACAGAAAGUUUCAAUAUUUAAUGAGCACAAGAGUUAUGUCCAAGGAGUAACCUGGGAUCCUCUAGGCCAGUAUAUUGCAACCCUGAGUUGUGACAGGGUCCUGCGAGUUUACAGCACCCAAACCAAGCGAGUGGCCUUCAAUGUCACCAAGAUGCCAUCGGGGUCGGGCACUGAAGGAGAGGCGAGGAGCUUUCGGAUGUUUCAUGAUGACAGCAUGAAGUCGUUCUUCCGCAGGCUCAGCUUCACUCCUGAUGGCUCCUAUCUGCUCACUCCAGCUGGCUGCGUGGAAUCAGGAGAGAACGUUACAAACACCACUUAUGUUUUCUCCAGAAACAAUCUUAAAAGGCCCGUGGGUCACCUGCCCUGUCCUGGCAAGGGCACUCUGGCUGUUCGCUGCUGUCCUGUGUACUUUGAGCUGAGAGGAGCCUCUGCUAAAGAUGAAAUCAGUCCCAAAUCGCCCCCUGCCCUGUUCAACCUCCCCUAUCGAUUGGUGUUUGCUGUUGCUUCAGAAGAUUCUGUGCUUUUUUAUGACACUGAGCAGUCCUUCCCCUUUGGUUACGUCUCCAACAUCCAUUACCACACCCUGAGUGACAUUUCAUGGUCCAGUGAUGGGUCCUUCCUGGCCAUUUCCUCCACGGACGGGUACUGCUCCUUCGUCACCUUCGAGGAGGAUGAGCUGGGAGUGCCCCUGAAGGAAAAGCCCCAGAUCCAUGCCAGGACUCCUGGAGCAGCAGCAGACAAGAAAGCCAAGAAGAGCCAAUCCCACAAAGUGAUUUCCCCAGGCUCCAAGCUGGCAGAGGGGACCCCUCCCAGCAAGGAUCCCCCACUGCAACCCCGAACCCCCAGCACUGCUGGGAAGGAGCUGCCUUCCACCCCUGUGGGCAUCAAAACCACUCCAGUGCCAUCCCCAUCCACCCCUGUGGGCAGCAAAACCACUCCAGUGCCAUCCUCAGAGGAGAGGAGAAGCAGCCAGGCAAGCACCCAGAGCAGCAGAGCCCCCCAGCCCAGGAGGGUCACCUUCACCACGCUGCAGUCCUGUUUCAAAACACCCAGGAGAAUAAACUUGAUUUCCUUGAAGCCAGACACCCCAACCUCUGCAUAUCCAGACCCAGCCCCCAUCCCUCCUUCCUCAGAACAGGAACAUGAGAAGCCAUUGCCAUCUGAUGAGAGCCUCCAAGCUCCCCCAGCACCAAAACGUGCCAGGACUGAGGAAUUGUCCCUUCCUGGAGACCAAACCACCUGUGAGUCCAACAAAUAAAGGCUGGGCAGACCCCUCACAGCCUGAAGUCAAAGCAGCCAUGUCUGAGUGCAUUUCUUUCUGCAAAAAUUCAAUCCUCAAUUCCCAGUCCAAGCUCCCUGUGCAUGUUUGAUGUAGAAACAUCAACAUUUCUGUGAAGAAACUGCCAGUAGAAGACCCAGGUUUCAGGAAUGUGGUUCUGCAGCAGGAGAAAUAGUUGGGAAGUGAUGUCAAGAUUAAGGAAAUCAGGGAAGUCUGGGGAUUAAAAAUCCAGCCAGUAAGCUGUGAGUCUCCAUCACGGUCCCCAAAUCCAUGUUUAGGAAAGCAUUAUGUCUUCCAGUAACUGUCUGGCAAAAAGAAUUGAAUGCAUUCAUAAGAUUUGAUGUGGUUCAAGAUCUAAAAAAAGAGGAAAUUGUGUCAUUCCAGCAUUUUGGUUUAUUUCUGGUGUCCAAUGAUGCUCCCCAGUAGCUGUGGGGUGGAGCUGAUUCACUCUGAACACAGCAGCAAAGCUCAGGACUGGGAUGUGGAAGCAGAAAUGGGAAGAUUUAACUGCAAGAAACAAGAAAGCAAAAGGAAGAAAUCCUCUGAAGAGCUGCUGGAAGAAUGAAACAGCAGAAAGUUCUUCUUGUUUAAUUUCUGGACUUAAAAAAGAAAUGCAGGUGUGAAAUUUUCCUGAGGCAGCAGGAUUUGAGUGUGUAAAUGAAAUUUCCCCUUUCCUUUUUCCCCAACUUAACUCCCUUAGCCAAUAAAACACAAUCCAGUGGAUGGGAAACUUCUACACCUAAAAUUUCUUUUUAGCAGUUCAUACUUCAUAAAAGCAGAAAUACAAAUGUUCCAGAAGUGACUCACAAAGGUCUCACAGGGAGGAAAUAUUAACAAACACCUCUGUCAGUCCUUCAGGCAAAUGAACUCUUGCCUCCAAUUAAAUUUCAAUGAAUAAUAAACAAAAAGUUGUAGGAAACUUGGUGGGAGAUCAUUGUUUUCUCACUGUGAUGAGGAUGGAUUUUCAUUAGACUUAAUUAAAGCUGGGUUUUCUUCUAGUGAAGAAUUGCAGAGAGAUAAUUCUUAUAUUUUUUGGGUUUCAAGUGGAUUUUGCAAUUUUUCAGAUGGGUUUCAAACGGAAUUUGCAAUUUUUUAGAUUGGUUUCAAGUGGAUUUUGCAAUUUUUCAGAUGGGUUUCAAAUAGAAUUUGCAAUUUUUCAGAUUAAUUUCAAGUGGAUUUUGCAAUUUUUCAGGUGGGUUUCAAAUAGAAUUUGCAAUUUUUCAGAUGGGUUUCAGGUGGAUUUUGCAGUUUUUUAGAUGGGCUUCAUUUCAAAUAGAAUUUGCAGUUUUUCUAAUGGGUUUCAGGUGGAUUUUGCAAUUUUUUCAGAUGGGUUUCAUUUCAAAUAGAAUUUAUAUUUUUUAGAUAGGUUUCAGGUGGAUUUUGCAAUUUUUUCAGAUUGGUUUCAUUUCAAAUAGAAUUUACAUUUUUUUAGAUAGGUUUUAAGUGGAUUUUGAAUUUUUUCAGAUGGGUUUAAAAUAGAACUAGUGAUUUUUCAGAUGGGUUUCAAACAGAUUUUCUAACUUUUUAGCUGAGUGAGGAUUCAUGAUUGUCUUGCUCCUGAAAAGACUUUUUGCUGUGUAAUAAUGGUUAAUUUUUAAACAGCCAGACCUUGUGCUCCUGUGCUGUUGAAGUUUUAAUUUUUAGCCACCCAGCUGUCAAUAUUAAUUUCUCUUGUCAUUAAUUAACCACUGCCUUCUGAUCAAAAUUUGCUUGAUCCUUGCCCAUGGAUUCCAGACAGACUCUGCAUUUUGUCUGCACAUGAACUUUGUUAGCAAAUAAAGAAAUAAAUAUAAUAGAUAAAAAUAGAAAUAAAUACUAUAUUAAAAUAAAUAGAAUAUAAAACAUAAAUACCAUCAAAUUAAUAACAAAAAAAAAAAGACCUUUCAGGGA